CGGGGGGGCUGGAGAGCGCUGUGAACGACGCCGGUUGUUCGGGGCUGCAGCACGCGAAUUCGCGCGCGCGUGGAGGGCUCUUCGCCGAUACACUCAAAAACGCCCGGUAUUCCGUUUUUUCUCGCGAAUUUCUCCUGUUGGCUUCUCAGACAUUUCCGACACUUGCUUAUUCUCCUCGAUAUUCUGUCUACGGGAAAAGCCUCUGCCGUCGCUCCUCGCGGUUUCCCUGGGGAUUUGAGUCCGUAGAAGAAGAUGUGCUGCACGUUACCAUUCGCUGUCUCCUCCGCCUCCGUGGUGUCUCCGCUUCUCCGUCCUUCUUCUUUCUCUCCGUUGGUCUCUUUCUCGCAUUGAUCCUGCGUCGUCUCCCACAGAGCGUCCUUGUCCCUUGCCUAAAAACUCGCGUCGACCAGAUUCCACUUGUGGCUCGCGGUCCUUCUGCGCCUCCCCGGUCUCCCCCGUCGCUGUCUUCCCCCCCCCCCUGUCCUCUGUGUUUCGUCCUUCCUCUCUUUUCCUCUUUCUUCGCCCGUCGUGCAUCUCUACGACUUUUGCGGCCUCCCUGCUCCUUCCUCCUCCCCCGCCUUCCCUCCCCGUCUCCGGUGCCCCAGAUGGCGGGGACGGCCGGUGUCGUCCGGCUGCGGAAGGCGGCCUUGUGUUUCCCUCGAGCCGCGUCUGUCGAGACAAGGAAGAUUUCCUUCAACUCUCGCCUCCGUAAACGUUCACAGAGAACUCAGAGACUCGUCUCAGAACUCCCAGACGCAAAAGGGUGUAGACGGGAAGAGCCGCUUACUUCUGAUGGCUUUUUUCCAGUGGCGGGUGAAGCAUACCCGAGAGUUGGAAUGCAAAGACACUACGAUGGACAGAUCGUUCCACGCUGUAUUUGGACCUCUACUUCCUCGGCCCGUCCUUCGCACUCUUCUCCCUCCAACGGGCUCGCAUCCUCUUCCGUCUGUUAUUUCUCUCUCUCCGGCGUCGAGUCCUCCCUUCCUACUUCUGUCUCUCCUUGUUUCUAUCGUUCGGACCCCACCAGUGCGGAUGCGUCCCCACAUUUGCUUUCUCUCUCCCCUUUUCGCUCUCCGGCCUCGAGGUGUUUCUCCGCUUUCAAGGCCUCGUCGAGUCCUUUGUUCUUUUCUUCUCCCUCGGGUAUGGCGUCUCGCCGUUCGUGUGUGUCUCGUCCUAAAGCCUCUCUCUUCGUAGCCGAUGAGAAGUUUCUUUUCUGGAAUUCCGGAGAGAAAGGGUCGAGAACGGCGUCUUCUCUCCCGCGCGCCUCAUCCGCAUCUUCUCCUGACUCUUCGUCUCUGCUCACCUCUCUCUCGCCUGCUUCUCCCCCUUUCUGCUCGGCUCGUCUGCAUUUGAGCCCAAAUUCGUCUUCAGCGUUGGCUUCCUUCGUUUCUUCGUCUCCUUCGUCUUCUGUUUUUUCGUCUGCACUGUGUCUGCCGUCUGCUGCCUGUUCUUCGCGUCUCCUUCGCGGGAACCGAGCGCUGCACAGCUACGGGGCACCGCCGCCGAGGGUGUCUCCGACACAUCGGCAUGUGUCUCCGCGGGAUGCAGAGGUGCCUUUCUCACGCCUAUUCUCUCCUUUCAACCCCAAACUGAAGUCUCCUUUCCAGGCCCUGGCUCGCCCUGAGUGGCGCCGGGGCCCACAGGUGUCUCCGUUGUCUCCAGCGUCUCCUUCGAGCACUGACGCGCAAGCUGCGCAGAGGCGGAGUCGGGAGGAGGAGCGCGAGGCCGGCGGCGAGGACGACGUGCUCAUCGAAGAAGCCCUAUGGUGGGUGAGGCAGACGCGACAAAUAACGGUUGAGGUCGUCGACCAGUGGACAGAAAGUUUUCACUUUCUCUACCGGAAAAAAAAGCAUGCCGAGCUCAUCGCGAUUUUGGACGACGCGCUGCACCUGGUACCGUGUCUCCGACCCGCCGAAAUCGCCAUGCUCGCAAAUCACGCGAGUCGGUUGAUUCCUCUGAAAGCUCAGAGACUCCCUCAACGCAGAGAGAGGCGGCCCGGCUGCCUUUUGGACUCUGAAAAGGAGGCGGCUGAGAAACGCGCGAAACGUUGGUGGGGUGUCUUUGGAGACGCGAUUUCUCAUCUCCUCCACGACGCAGAUGGCCAGCACAUCUCCCUCAUUCUCAAUGCUUUCUCGUCGGCCAAAGUUUUCCACCACGAAACUCUUCUCGCCUGUCUCAGCCGCGAAACAGCCGCCUGGGCUCCUCACAACUCCCUCCGCAACACAGCCGUGAUCUUGAACGCCAUGGCAAGGCUGAACAUGAGAGACCGAGAGGCGCUCGACAGCAGCUGUCUCCGCCUUCAGAGUGAGGCGAAGAACCUCAACCACAUCGACUGUGCGAUGGCGCUCAACGCCGCAGCGCGCCUGGGCUACAGAGAACUCCAGUUCUACUCGGUUCUUGGCGAUGCCGCUGUUCAACAUUGUUCUCGGAUGAAUGAGCACAACAUUUCCAUGAUUCUCUGGGCCUUCGGAGCCGUCGGCGUGCGUCACCAGACGCUGAUUGGAGAAUUCAUCGACCAGCUUCUCCGCAUCAGCAGCUCGCGAGUGAUUCAUGCCAAUUACGUCGCCUCCAUUCUGGGCCCUCUCGGCAAUCUUCGCGUGGAACAUUCCCGCAUGAAACUUCUCGUGGAUGUCCUUGUGAAGCCGAACAUCGAGAAAUUCGAGCCCGUCGACGCCAUUCUUGUUUGCACAGCGCUGAGCCGUCUCGGAUUCCGAGUUUCGCAGUCUCCUGUCGCUUCCCAGCUCUUAACGCAUGCAGGCCGUCUGGUGGCAACCAAUGUGUUCGCCUCUCCGAGUCAUCACAUCCUUCAUCUCGCAGUCGCGGCUGGUCUCUUGGAGGCGUUCACCAUGACGGCGUUUUGGAGUGACAUCAGCGGAGGCCUCGCAGCCACCCUCCGGUCCACUGUCUCCUCGGCAGAGAUCGCAAACGCAGUUCUUCCGUUGGUUCGCGUCGUCGGGACCCCCGUCUGGCGAGCGCCGCUCUUUCAGGUCGCCGUCACGGCGAUGGCGGCGCAGGACCAGUCGCAGUGGACCCCGCGAGAUGUUGCAAACUUCACGUUUGCUCUUGGCAAGAUUUCCGGCGAGCACGGAGAAGACCCGGUAGAUCCCUCUGUCUUUCGAGCUUCUGGAGACAACAGCGCGGCUCCACAGAAGCGAAACGCCGAGGCAGGCGGACACUCCAGACGUCAGCUAAUCAGAGACCUCUGUGAAUUUGCCACUCGAGAAAUGGAUCGCUUCAAUCCGUGUGACAUCGUGAGACUCCUCCAAGGUCUGGCUUGUCUCGACUACCGCCACGAGGGAGUUCUCGCCUCCGUUUCGCGUCGUCUUCAGCAUGCUGAUGGCAGUUCUCCGACCGAGGCAGAAGGAUUUCCUUUCCACGUUCAGCGAGCUAUUGCAGAGGCCCUUCUAAAGCUCGAAGCCUCUCAUGCAUGCUCGCGCGACUGGAUCGACGGCCUCCGCAGCCAUCAAGCCGCUCUGGGGCACAAGGGCGGGGGGAAGGAAGGCGGGCCGGGAGAGUUUCUUUCUGGUGUUUCGUCUUCGUGCUUUCGAGUGGAGGAAGUGUCGAGUUCUUCGGCGCCUCCAGUGUACCACCAGCGAACGCAUGCAGUCAGCCGCCGGUGACCUUCGCUCCUCUGUCGGCCUUGGCGUUAAGGCGACGUCACGGAGAUAAUGACAGAUGAUUCGCCAUUCUGGAGGAACCGCACCGCUCACAAUGUCGUCGGAGUUACGCCAAGUAGUAAAUGAUCCACAGCGUGCAGACUGUGGAGAUUUCCACCUUCCAUUGUUUCACGUAUACUUACAUAUUUACAUCAAUGUACAUACACU